AUGAAUUUAAAAUUUGUUUCUAAACAACGAAGGCUUGCUGUACUUUUAUUGUUGAUUGUAAUUAUAGCCAGUACUCUAAAUAUCGUUCGUUUGAAAAACACUUUCUCAAAUGUAUUACAACGUUAUGAGAAUUUUACCAAGAAAUACGUGUGGUCAGACUCACAUUUCUUAUCUAGACGUGUUCGUAUCGCUAUUAUUGGUUCAUCUGGAUACAUUGGCUCACGUUUAUUUGAUCACUUACGAAAAGAGAACAGCUGGAAUGUGAUUGGUUUUGAUCGUAUAUUUCCAGGACAAGCCAGUUACGAAAUAUCGACUCACAAACUUCAAAGCUUCGAAGUUGUAAUAUACUUAGGUGGGAUGACAGGUCGGGCAAUUUGUCAAGAUCAUCCGACUGAAGUAGAUCGAGAGAACAUAGAAGAUAUAUAUAAUCUAGCUAAACGAAUGUUACCCCACCAACUGUUAAUAUUUGCAUCUACGUCUGCUGUUGGCGAAGGCUCUGGGCCGAUACCGAUUACAGAAGAUCAUCCUAUUCAAUCUGAGCUCUUAGAUUUAUAUUCAAAAUCUCUUUUUCAUCGUGAAAAAACACUAAAGCAAAUGACACUUGACACUCUCACUACUCCUCAAAUGAUUGGCUUACGAUUCGGUACUGUUGUCGGCCUUUCUGCAAGUCAACGAAUUGAUCUAUCUCCCAUGGCAUUGGUUUGUAAAGCUUUUCUUAGCGGGAAAGUGCAUGUCACUCAUCCUGAAUCGAAUCGUGCUUUUCUCUGCAUGGAAGACCUUGUACGAGCUAUUCAUACAGUAAUAAUGCGCCGCAAACAAGCCAAAAAGUUUGAUAUAUUUCAUCUGCAAUCGUUUUCAGCUAGUAUAUCUAAGCUAGCCAAUACGAUUGCGUCUCUUACAGGAGCUCAUAUUAAAACAUCGGAUCAUCCCGUGAAUGAGGAUAGUCGUGGAUUCUCGCUAAACAAUAAUAAAUUUCGCAAUACGUUUAACUUUUAUUUUCAAGGUAGUUUAUAUCAAACCAUCUCAAGACUCAUAGAAGAUGUACCUCGGCUGUGUCUUGGUCGACAAUCACGUUUAGAUAAUGAUUCUAUUUCAUGUGUAGUAUGUGGCUCACGUAUCAUGCAUACGGUGUUGAAUUUACAUAGUCAACCUCUUGCCAAUGAUUUCAAAACAGAUAUAGAAGAGUCGGAAAAAUCUAAACGAUUUCCGCUACGUUUAGUACGAUGUCCAAUUUGUCAUCAUACACAAAUAUCAUAUGUUGUUGAUCGAAAAUAUCUUUUCAGUCAUUAUUUAUACCAAAGCUCUACAAGUAAGACUUUAAAUACUUACUUUUCAUGGUUAGCUGAAAAAGCUAUCAGUGAAAGUGAAAUUAAAAAUGGAACUGUACUUGAGAUAGCAUGCAAUGACGGUAGUCAGUUAAACGAAUUUCUCAAGCGUGGAUGGAGAACUGUAGGUGUUGAUCCAGCCAAGAACUUAGCCGAUAUUGCAAGAAUGUCGGGACAUACUAUUUAUACGGGUUUCUGGGGUAUUGAUACAUUUCCUAGAUUAUCAGCGUUAGAAUCUGUGGACGUCAUUAUUGCACAAAAUGUACUUGCUCAUGUUAACAAUCCUAUACAAUUCCUGCAAGCCUGCGCUUCUAUGAUGAGUGUGCGAACUAAAUUGUAUAUUCAGACCUCGCAGUGUGAAAUGUAUGAAACUGGCCAAUUCGACACUGUCUAUCAUGAGCAUAUAUCUUUUUUCACGGCACAUUCAUUUAAAAAACUUGCCGAUAUAGUUGGUCUGGCUAUUGUACGAUUCGAAAUCACAUCAAUUCAUGGACAUUCAUGCUUAGUGACAUUUCAACGGGUAGAUUCGUCAAAUACCACUUUUCUAACUCGUUUUAAAACAGAGCUAACACCAUCUUUGUCAAUAGCUUUACAGAAAGAACGUAAUCUUGGAAUGACUGAUCCGUGGUUCUACAUCAAAUAUGAAGCUCAAGCUAAAGGUAUGCGUUCAUGGAUUUCACAUCAAUUAGCAUCUAUUCAAGCUCAACAUCAUACUAUUAUUGCAUAUGGUGCUGCUGCUAAAGGUAUGGUUCUGUUACAUUUUCUAUUAGAAACUUCCAAUCGAUCUUGGAAUAUUUCGUUUGUCAUCGAUGAUGCGCCAUUGAAACAAAAUACAUUUUGUCCUGGUACAUCUAUACCAGUGCGUCCGACAUCGGAAUUGAACAAACAUGCUUCAACUGAGCCACUAACUAUUGUCGUAUUUGCAUGGAAUUUUCGAGAUGAAAUUCUGGCCAAAAUUCGCAGCGACACUGUUGAAAAAGGAAUCAAGAAUGUUUUCGUCAUACUUCCAUUUCCAUAUCAACAGCUACUUAAAAUUCAUCGAAAUAACAAUACAAUACUUGCCGAAAACUCUAAUAAACCGUUAUCUUGGCCAUUCAUCUUUCCAAAUAUACGGAAGCCUGUACUAUUAAUUUCUCACUUUUUCAAUGAAGAAUUCUUAUUACCGUAUUGGAUUCGUCAUCAUGCACCUAUGUUUGAUAUGGCCAUUUUGAUUGACUAUAAUAGUACAGAUCAAUCAUUAGAAAUUAUUCGUCGUGAAGCUCCAACAAGUUGGAAAGUAGUAUCAUCGCGUAAUAAAGACUUUGAUAGCCGAUUAGUCGACGAAGAAGUUGUCGAAAACGAAAAGAUGCAUCCAAAUGCAUGGAAAAUUGCCUUAAAUACACCUGAAUUUCUUGUCCAUUCUAAUCUUCGUCAAAUGUUAGCUGAUAUAGAAUCAAACGAUAGUGUAAAGGCAUUUCGUUUUCGGUCAGUGACCAUGUCGGGUAAUGACUCUAUUCCACUAAAACGAUUCACUUCACUGUUAAAGCAACGUUCUCAAUAUACCUAUCGUCCGACUCAUGCUGAUGAAAAGUUUGGUAUCACAUCUUAUUCUCGUUUCAUACAUUGUAAUCCAUUCGCUAAGUACGAUACAGGUCGACAUACAAUCAGAGAUACUGUCUGGAAAUGGGCUCCUAUUGGUUUUAUUGCAAAGUAUCAAUAUACACCUUGGCCUGAAAUAAUAAAGCGUAAACUUCAAAUUCGUACGCGUAUACCUUUACCAGAUUUUCAUGCAGGUAGAGGUAUUCAGCACGAUGUCACUCUUGAAAAACUGAACACAAUCAAAAACAAUAUAAAAUUAUUGCCUCAACAUGAUCUUCGUGAUGUAACUGCUGUAAGUGAGGAAAUAGGAAUGGCUCAUCGAUUGUGGAAAGAAAUAAUAGACGAAUGA